UGAGGGCGGAAGACUGGCAGCGGGGCCUGUAGCUUAGUGAGGACGUCAUGGUUAGGCUUCAGGUGAAAUAAUCAAUAGCCGAUUUACCGAAGGAUUUUUUUUUUGGCCGGGUGAGUGUGCCGCUGGCCCUGGGAAGUGUUUGCCGGUGACAAAGAGCGGAGAAUGGGCGGGAAGAACAAGCAGAGGACGAAGGGCAAUGUUCGGCCGUCCAGCAGUGGAAGAGCGGCAGAACUUCUGGCUAAGGAAAGUGGCACAGUCCCAGGCUUUAUCGGGUUUGGGACGUCGCAGAGCGAUUCAGGUUAUGUCCCUGCUGUGCAGGGUGCCGAGGAGGUGGACAGCCUUGUUGAUGCUGAUUUCCGAAUGGUGCUGCGCAAGCUUUCUAAGCGAGACGUCACCACAAAAUUAAAGGCAAUGCAAGAGUUCGGAGCAAUGUGUAAAGAGAGAGAGAUAGAGGCAGUCCGGGGUGUCCUACCAUAUUGGCCCAGAAACUACUGCAAGAUAUCUCUGGAUCUUGACCGCAGAGUGCGGGAGGCCACUCAGCAAGCCUUUGAGCAGCUGAUCCUGAAAGUGAAGAAACACUUGGCUCCUCACUUGAAGAGUUUAAUGGGCUUCUGGCUCAUAGCACAGUGUGACACCUACUCACCGGCAGCCAGUUCUGCCAGAGCCGCCUUCGAAGCUGCAUUCCCUUCUCAUAAACAGCCGGAAGCCCUGGCCUUCUGCAAAGAUGAAAUUCUAAAUGUUUUACUUGAUCAUCUCCUGAAAGAAACCCCGGACUCCCUAAGUGAUGCGCAAACAGUCCCACCAGAGGAAAGGGAGUCGAAGUACUUCCGAGUUGUCACCUGUUCUUUGCUGGCUCUGAAGCGUCUGCUUUCUAUGCUGCCAAGUGGAGAGAACAUCUUCCUUCAGGAGAGAUUGGCUCACCUUCUGUCACAGAGCAAGUUCUGGAAGUACAGCAAGCACCAGUCGCCAAAUAUUCGCUCGGCUUUCUUUGAACUGAUCUCUGCACUGUGCCAGUACUUCCCUGAACUCCUAAACACAGAGGCUUCCCGGGUGUGUCCGGCUGUUUUGCUCAGUAUUGACGACAGUGAUGCUGUAGUGUGUCCCACUCUGUGGGAAGCGGUCUUGUACACUGUAACCACCAUAGAGAAAUGCUGGGAUUAUGUAAGUGCAAAGAAGGGCGUUCUACCCAAGUUAUGGACCGUCCUCAGAGAGGGAGGCAGAGGAUUGGCGACUGUUAUCUUCCCUAAUCUAUUGCCUUUCCUCAGCAAAGUCCCCUAUGACAUAACAAGCCCCCGGCUGGACUUCUACAACACUUUGUUUGAGUCUUUAAUCCAAGGACUGUCGAGUGAAAGAGCCACGAGCAGCCCUACAGAAAGCUCUGCUAUACUAACUGCUUACAUGGAAUGUCUGAGGUUUACCAUGCAGGAAAGUAUUGGAAAGGACGAGGAACACAAGAAAAUACGUCAAAUGCUCAUCAAUGAACAGCUCAUUCCUAUUAUCGAUUCCUCCUUCAAAGAUCUGAAGCUUCACAACGGUCCACUAUUUGGUCUAGUAGAGGAAACCAUCCGUUCAUGGGAGGGAAAAGUAGAGAAUCCAGAGUUUGGAGAGGACCUUAUCCAAAUCUACACCAGUGUGUUGUCUUCCUUUUGGGAAAGUCUGGAAAGGGUGUGUGUGACCCAUGUUGAUGUUAUUGAAGCUGAUGAAAAGGAACUCGCAGGGGUUUCUGGACUUCUCCAAGUUUUGAAGAACCCAAGCGCUUCCUUGAAGACUAGCAAAAAGAAGAAAGCCAGAAUCCGAUUCACAGAUGAAGAAGAAAGUGGCAUUCUUAAGCCCGAGCCCCGAGAAACUUCAGGGGCAUCUUUGAACACGGAUGGAUCCCAACCCUUGACUGCUAUGAGGCAAUCUCACCUCCAAGAUUUGGUUUGCAAGUUGGCAGAGCUGAGCAUGGUUUAUAUAGGUGAACAGGGAUCCAGCCGACACCUAAGGUUCCUUGCAGCCCUUCUUAGUGCGUUUUCCUCUGUCAGGGUCUUCCAGGUGCUUCUAGAACAGGUCGAUGACAAUGACCUAAGAUCACCACCUAACCCUGCUGUACUCUUUCUCCAUCAAAAACUUUCAGUCUGGCUGCAGAAAUGCAAAAGACAAGAAGCCGAUUUCUUGGUGGAUAUUUUGUAUAGCGUGCUGCUUUGCUGCUCUGAACCUUUGGAGAGAGCGCACAUUUUGGAUGACUUGACAAAGAUCGAUGUUCAGUGGCAUGUUUUUCUGUCCAUCAUUCAGAAGGCCUGUUCUGAUCCCGUCAAGCACUCCCUGAUCUGUGAUUGGCUGAAAGGGGACGUUCUCGGUGACAGACUUAUUUCUCUGGCAAGUGACUUGUGUACCAGCGGCAUUACCAACAAGUCAGGAAAAUCGGAGACCUACUGCGCGGACAAAUGGUCUCUACUGAGCUUGGUGCUCUCAGAACAUGUUAAGAAUGAGACACUCAUAGCAGAAGUCUAUGUGGAGAAGAUUAUUGAUAAACUUCACUGCACAUUGACUAAAACGAAGGAUUUCUCGGAAGCCGGUGACCUUGAGCAGUCUGUGUCCUUCAUCUGCGAUGUGGCCUCCAACUUUUUCAGUUCUGUGAAAGAUUGCCUGCAAAUGCCAUCGGCAGAGGACCUGCUUCUCACGAUGUUCCAGCUGUGUGUACAGCCCUCUGAUAAAACUCAAUUGUCAGAAACGCUCAUGCUGAAAUUGCAGCACACAUGGAUGUGUGGUAUAGCGUCACUUCUCUGCCGGCCUAACAUUCUGCCGAAAGGAAGCAAGUUUCUUCAUCGCUCUGCACAGUGGAUCAUGGAGCAACUUCAGGGGUCACAUCUGACUCUGCACAGCCUCCAAGCACUGAUGAGUGCUGUUGAUAACUUAUACGUCAAGCUCUUAGAUUCCGGUCUGUCGUCCUCUCACUUCCUGGCUGAGCACUUGUCUCUGAUGAUCCCGAGGGAUGAGAAAUGGGAGAAGAUGCGCCAAGCUCUCCCCGGACAGUGGUCAAGCAAGCCGCUUUUGGAAGGGCGGUUGAGUAUGAAUUCGGAAACAUCUGGGACAGAUCUUAAAUCAAUUCAAAAGACUUGGCUGCCCCACCACUUGUGUGCAGGCGCGAUAAUGAGCAAAAUGGCUUUUCGUAUUCUGGAGAACAACGCACUGAGGAAAGAUGGGGAGAUUGAAGCGAGGAUCACCAUAACCGUUGCUGAAAUGCUGUAUAGCUUACAGUGGUGUGAUGAGCUUGAUGGACCUCCAGCCACCCUUACAGAGUGCUGCAACAUGCUCCGCGCAAUGGACAUAACCCAUGACCGAGUCAUAGAACUUAGUGACCAUCUCCCUGGCCUCCUAGAACUCUUGUAUACCAGGUCAUUAGAAAGUGGUACCCUGUGGUCUCUGACCCUUCAUAAACAUAUUCAAUUGAGCAAUCCUGGACAAGAUGCACUGAAAGUGCUGACUACAAGCACAGACAGUUACUUUCCUGUGACACAAGGCUCCCUGCACACCAUCCAGUGUCUUUCUCCAUUCUUAAGUAUCGAGGAAAAGGAGUUACUUUUAAUCCAGUGCAUAUCACACCUUAUGUCCUGCAUGCCCACUGCUGUGACCUGCAUUGAUGGAGGAUUUGGUUAUCUUGCCAUUAUUAACUCUUGCCUGGAUUCCGAGUCCCCUCCUUCUCCUGAUUUUCUUCCUGGAACAUUAAAAAUAAUUUUCUCUUGGAAGAACGAGCAGGAAGAGCUCUUUCUUUUCAGCAACAAUUUGCAGAAUGGUAAUCCACAGCUGAUCGGGUUGAAUGUUGAGAUAAUAAGAUUUUUUUCUGCCUUGCUGAAAUCCUCCUCCACUUCUAUACCCUGUCUGGGGGAUGCUGAAUGGGACUUUAUCAUGUGUUCUAUGCUGGCGUGGUUAGAGACUGCGUGUGACAGCUCUGCUCUCUACCGUCUUCCACUUGUACGACUAUUUGCUUGCGUAAGUUGCAGCUUGGCAUCGGAUUUGUCUGGCUAUUUUCAAGCUGUCUCUGCAGGCGAUACUGAAAAGCUUCCCGCCAAUCUUAUCUCUGAGUGCAAUGAGAUUCAAGCUGUCCCUGUGAGCGAUGCUGAAAAGCUUUCCACCAAUCUGAUCUCCGACUGGAACGAGUUCUUCUCCGAAGGCAUCCACAGUUUAUUGUUACCAAUGCUGGUUAAAUUAGCAGGGGAGAGCAAGGCUACAGAGAUGUCUUAUCACAGCCCUGUGUUGCAGUCGCUCGGCGAAGCUCUGCGUUACAUUUCAAAAGAACAGCUGCUGGACCACAAACUCCCAGCCAAGUUUGUUGCUGGACACAAGACCAACCUCCCUGACAGCUUGCAGAGCUUGCUAAAUACCCUGGCUCCACUCCUGCUGCACCGGGAGAGAGCCAUACAGAUCACAGUCUACCAUAUGCUGAAAAAAAUUAUGGUCGAUUUGCCUGUUUUUGAUGAAGAUCUUAAAUGUGAUGAAGAAGAGGAGCCUGUUUUAUCUCCACCCGUGGCUCUCAUGUGCGUCUUGGCUGUCCAGGAGGAUUUAGUAGAAAAUCUUCUACAAGGAAUUCCAGUGGGAGAGUUUGCUGUAAUCCAGCCAUUACAGGAAGAGUUCUGCUUUGUUCUGGGCUAUCUCCUGACAUGGAAACUCAUACUAAUGUUCUUCAAGGCUGCAUCAUCUCAACUGCGAGCACUCUACUCACAGUAUCUGCGGAAGAACAAGAGCUUAAAUAAACUACUUUACAACCUCUUCAAGCUAAUGCCGCAUACGCCUGUUCUUCCUGGACAAUCGAGCGAUGCACUCUGUAAAGACCCUAAAACGUUCUUCACUGAGGAAUUAAACUUAAAUGUGAAAGAUUCAUCCACACUGCAAUGGGAGAUCCCUCAUCUGGCCUGUAGUGUUUAUCACAUCACACUGAAGGAUUUGCCUGCCAUGGUCCGACUAUGGUGGAAUGGUUGUGAGAAAAGGAUUUUUAGCGUCGUGGACAAAUUCACUACCAAGUAUGUCAGUGGAGUGCUGUCUUCCCAGGAAAUAUGCUCUGUACAAUUCAGUACUCAAGUCUUUGAUGGCAUGACGGUGAAAGCAAGUCGUACUACCCGGGAAGUAAUAGCCACUUAUUCUGUUGAUGACAUCUGCAUAGAGCUCAUUAUCCAGUUGCCCCAAAACUACCCCCUGGGCUCCAUCACUGUAGAAAGCGGCCGCCGGGUAGGUGUGGCAGUACAGCAGUGGCGGAAUUGGAUGCUGCAAUUGAACACAUACCUUACACAUCAGAACGGAAGUAUAAUGGAGGGUCUCUCUCUCUGGAAGAACAAUGUGGACAAAAGAUUUGAAGGUGUUGAAGAUUGCAUGAUCUGUUUCUCUGUGAUUCAUGGUUCCAAUUACUCUCUACCAAAGAAAGCCUGCCGGACCUGCAAGAAGAAGUUUCACUCGGAGUGUCUGUACAAGUGGUUUACCUCCAGCAACAAGUCCACGUGCCCCCUGUGUAGAGAAACUUUCUUUUGAAACGUGCCAAGUGAUAAAUGCAACUAAAGAACAUCGAGUCGUUGGUCUGUGGUGCGGGUGACCUUUUCCGCCUUUACACAAUCCUGGACUACAAAAAUGCAAACAAUUUGAAGACAAAAUAUAGGUUACAAAGGACUUAUUCGCUACUUAUUUGUACAUUCCCAUCUCCCAGGGCCAGUAUAAUGUUUGCGUGCUAAUAUUUGCUGGCCAAAAGUUUGUGGACCCCAGAUCAUCACACCUAUAGGAGCUUGUUGGACACCCCAUUCCUAAGCCAUGAGCCUUCAUAUGGAAUUGCUUGCCCUCCCCCCCCCUUUUAUUUUUAUUUUUUGGGGCAACCUUUAUUCUUCUGUGAUGACUUUCUAUUAGCCCAAAUUUCUAGACAAAACUGUAAAAUCUAAUUCCUACCAAUGGUGGAUGAGAAGAACUGGCUUGCAAUCGGCAUUCUAAUACAUCCCAAAGAUGUUCAUUAGGGUUGACGUCAGGGCUUGUUCAACCACUUCUGUUCCCCAAUACCAAACUCCCUCAAACCAUGUCUUUGUGGAGGUGGCUUUUUACACAGGAGAACAGUCAUGAUUGAACAAAAAAGUUAAUACAAAAUUGGAAGCACUCAAUUCUCUAAAAUAUUCUUGAAGACUGUAGCAUUAACAGCACCCUUCACUGGAAAAUAAUUUAAAGGGAUGUCCACAUAGAUGUGGGCAUAUAGUAUAUGUAGUAAUAGGUAAUGAAAAAAGUUGGGAGAGGCAGGGUAAAGCGGUUUUAAACACAAACCUUUUUUUAUCUUGAUGCAUUAUCAUUAUCUUUUCAAUACCUGUCAUCUCUCGAUUCAACGGUGUUCCCACCUGCAGUGCCACUCACCCUUCUUCCAGGUCUCACGGCCAUUGGCUCUCGCUGCUCUCAGUCAAAUCCAGUGAGGAGAGAGUGAGGGGGGAGCAUUGAUGAGCCAUGUUGCAUAUCUAUGGAUAUAUAGAUUCACAGAGCCCAACUGGGGAGCAUGGCCACACAGAUGCUCUCUCAGCACACGGCUUGGUGAGGGGGCACCUGCAGAGGAGGGGGAGUGGGGCAGAGGACUCCAGAUGAUAAGGAGGUAAGAGGCCACUCUAUGUAAUACCAUUGCACAUAGCAGGUAAGUGAAAAACAAAUAGCCUUUACAACCAUUUAAGUGUCAGAAUACCUUAUAGGGAGUAAGUGCUAAUCUUCAGACCCUGUCUACUAGCCAACUCUGGUACCUGAUCUCUUAGGACUGUGUUUUAAGUAUAACUAAAGACAAUUUAUUUAUUAAUUUUUUUAUUUUUGGAUAGAGUGGAGAUGGUUUAGAACAGUGGUUAUCAACCUAAGUCUUCAAGUACCCCCAACAGGCCAUGUUUUGGGAACUUCCCUUAGAUAAAAUAGCCAUUGUCUAUACCAUGUCAUUUAUAUGGAUUUAAAGCAGCUGUGCAAAGUUAAGGAAAACCUGAAAACCUGGCCCGUUUGGGGGUACUUGAGGACUAUGGUUGAAAACCACUGGUUUAGAGCACCUGUCACGUUUUGAAUUCUACUUUUGCCCCCGUUAGGUUGAUUCACCCUCUCUAUUUGUGCUGUUUACUAAUAUCAUCGAAAGUAAAAGCAAGUCCCAAAUUUUGGGUUAUGUCUAGAGCAGCUAUAGAGAGGAAAUCUUCCAAUGGGGACAAAAGUUGACCUGGGGGCCCCCAGCGGAUUCCCUUAAUUGUGUCUCUCACUUCCUGUUUUCAUUAUGGUAAAGGAAGCUAUAGCAAAGCUCCCCAAUGGGACACAGAUGGCAAA